CAGAGUAGUCCACACACACACACACACACUGGUGAAGCAGCAGGAGGAGGAAUCCACUAUCUCCACUCAUGCAAACAGCAGCAGCAGCAGCAGCAACACGGGGAGACAACGGACAUAUAAAGAAAACGCUUUGACUUUUCUUGUUUUUCCUUCUUUUUUUCUGGAGCUCGACAGAGGAAUGAGCUGAGUCUGCCUGUCUGUCUGUGAGUGAGUGAGUGAGUGAGAGUGUGCAGACAGCACGACAGUAGUGGCAUGGUGUUGUGAGAGCAGAGAGCCCCCAGCUCCGUGGAACACAGCCUGCACUGUGCAUCAUGUUUGAAAGCCGAUGAUCAAUUAGAAAUAUACAUGAGAGAGCUGCCGCCGCUGCUGCAUUGGCCAUAGCCUCUCCGGGCUGAAGCCCUGUUACUACAGAAGCCCGUCUGAAGGCUGAGCGGACAAUCACAGCCCAACUACCGGCGGCGGUUCGGAUGAGGUGCUCGAUCGGCCGGUUUGCUUGUAGAAAUCCGGCCAACUUUUGCUCCAUUCCUUUCUAACAGCAGUGCCACGGUCGGGCAUUGCUCCGGAGAUGGCGAUGAGGUGCCUCUACUUGGGAUUUAUUUUGCUCUGCUUGGAGAUCGUGUCUCCUAACGGUGCAACCGUAGCUCCCAAAGCUGAAGAUCAUCCCAAAACCUGCAGCUCUAAGCAGUUUGUAUGCAAGGACCAGGUGACCUGUAUCUCCAAAGGCUGGCGCUGUGACGGUGAAAAGGACUGUCCAGAUGGCUCCGAUGAAUCACCAGAUAUCUGCACACACAGCAGAGUGAACCAGUGUCCCGUCAAUGAACACGGCUGCCUGGAUGUAGAUGUGUGUUUACAUAUGAGUAAACUGUGUGAUGGAGUCCCCGACUGCACCGAUGGCUGGGACGAGGGGCCUCACUGCAGAGCACGAGCACCAGCCUGUGCGUCCCAUGGGUGUCAGUACCACUGCGCGGUGACUCACGAUGGGCCUCAGUGUUACUGCAGAAAUGGCUUUGAGGUCGCUUCAGACGGAAAGACGUGUAAAGAUUUCAAUGAAUGCAACGUGUACGGGACGUGCAGUCAGACGUGCACAAACUCUGAGGGCUCCUACACCUGCAGCUGUGUGGAGGGUUACCUGCUGCAGCCUGACAACCGAUCCUGCAAAGCCAAACUUGAGCCCGUGGAUCGUCUGCCCAUGCUGCUGAUCGCCAACCUCCACGACAUCCGCUGCACGUCACUCAGCGGCUCCACGUCCUGGCUGCCCGUCAUCACGACCAAACAGGCGAUGGCCAUGGACUUCAUCUACGCUGAGGAGACCGUCUGCUGGAUCGACGUGGGUGACACUCCUGCUGCCACGCAGCUGAAGUGUGCCAGCAUCCCAGACCUGAAGAGUGUCACCAACAUCCGCACCAUCAACAUCUCCCUCAGCCUGCACCAUGUCGAGCAGAUGGCCAUCGACUGGCUGACCGGAAACUUCUACUUCGUGGAUGACGUCGAUGACCGGGUUUUUGUUUGCAACAAGAAUGGUCAGACGUGUGUGACCCUGUUGGACCAGGAGCUGUACAACCCCAAAGGCAUCGCCCUGGACCCAGCCAUGGGUAAAGUGUUCUUCACUGAUUACGGCUCGACACCGAGGGUGGAGCGAUGUGACAUGGACGGACAGAACCGCACCAAGCUGGUGGAGAGCAAGAUUGUAUUCCCACAUGGUAUCACCCUAGACCUGGUCAACAGGCUGGUCUACUGGGCCGACGCCUACCUGGACUACAUCGAAGUGGUGGACUAUGAGGGCAAAAACCGACACACCAUCAUCCAGGGUCUGCUGAUUGAGCACCUGUAUGGACUGACCGUCUUUGAGAACUACCUGUACGCCACCAACUCGGACGAAGGCAACCUCAACCCCAAGACCAGCGUGAUCCGAGUCAACCGCUUCAACAGCUCUGACUUCCAGGUGGUGACGAGAGUUGACCGAGGGGCGGCGCUGCACGUGUACCACCAGAGACGCCAACCUCAAGUGCGCAGCAACGCCUGUGCUUUGGAUCAGUUUGGAAAAGCUGGAGGUUGUUCCGACAUCUGUCUGCUGGGAAACAGCCACAAAACUCGUACCUGCCGCUGUCGCUCUGGGUUCAGCCUUGGCAGUGAUGGAAAGUCCUGCAAGAAACCAGACCAUGAACUGUUCCUGGUGUACGGUAAAGGUCGUCCCGGAAUCAUCCGGGGCAUGGACAUGAACGCCAAGGUUCCAGAUGAGUACAUGAUACCCAUCGAGAACUUGAUGAACCCCAGAGCUCUGGAUUUCCAUGCUGACAGUGAGUUCAUCUACUUCGCCGAUGCCACCAGUUAUAUCAUUGGACGGCAGAAGAUAGACGGCACAGAAAGAGACACCAUCCUGAAGGAAGGUAUCCACACAGUGGAAGGGAUUGCAGUGGACUGGAUGGGAGGUAAUCUGUACUGGACAGAUGACGGCCCUAAGAAGACUAUCAGUGUUGCCAGGCUGGAGAAGGCUUCACAGACACGCAAGACUCUCAUUGAGGGGAAAAUGAGUCAUCCACGAGCCAUUGUGGUCGACCCACAGCAAGGAUGGAUGUACUGGACCGACUGGGAGGAAGACCCCACAGAGAGCAACAGAGGGAAGAUUAAAAAAGCCUGGAUGGAUGGUUCACAUCACCAAGUCUUCUUGACCAGCAAGACGGUUCUGUGGCCCAAUGGCCUGAGUUUGGACAUCCCCCAGGGCAUACUGUACUGGGUAGAUGCCUACUAUGACCGCAUAGAGCUGGUGUUCCUAAACAGCACCGAGAGGAAAGUGGUGUAUGAAGGACAAGAGCUCAACCACGCCUUUGGAUUAUGUCACUACAAACAGUUCCUUUUCUGGAAUGAGUACCGCGGCGGCAGCAUCUAUAAACUGGACCAGGUCACUAAGACGGUCACCCUGCUGCGUAACGAGAGGCCGCCCAUCUUUGAGAUCAGAGUGUAUGACGCACACCAGCAGCAAGGCUCCAACGCAUGUCGAUUUUCCAACGGUGGCUGCAGCAGCCUGUGCCUCGCUAUCCCCAACGGCAGGUCCUGUGGCUGUGCCGACGACCAAAUCUUGGACGCUGACAAUGUCACCUGUAAAGCCAAUCCCUCCUACGUGCCUCCGCCCCAGUGCCAGCCUGGAGAGUUUGCCUGCAAGAACAACCGCUGCAUCCAAGAGCGAUGGAAGUGUGACGGGGACAAUGACUGUCUGGACAACAGCGAUGAGGCCCCGGAGCUGUGCCACCAACACACUUGUCCAGCCGACCGCUUCAAAUGCCAGAACAACCGCUGUAUCCCUCUGCGCUGGCUCUGUGACGGAGACAACGACUGUGGCAACGAUGAAGACGAGUCUAACACCACCUGCUCUGCCCGGACUUGUCCACCCAACCAGUACCCCUGUGCCAGCGGGCGCUGCAUUCCCAUCUCCUGGACCUGCGACCUGGACGAUGACUGUGGAGAUCGCUCAGAUGAACCGGACUCCUGCGCCUACCCCACCUGCUUCCCUCUCACACAGUUCACCUGUGCCAACGGCCGCUGCAUCAACAUCAACUGGCGCUGUGACAACGACAACGACUGUGGAGACAACAGUGAUGAAGCCGGCUGCAGUCACUCCUGCUCCAGUGUCCAGUUCAAAUGUAACAGUGGCCGCUGCAUACCAGAAUACUGGACCUGUGACGGUGACAACGACUGUGGAGACUACAGUGAUGAGACCCACGCCAACUGUACCAACCAGGCGACUCGUCCUCCAGGUGGCUGUCACGUAGAUGAGUUCCAGUGUCGGAUGGAUGGGCUGUGCAUUCCCAUGCGUUGGCGGUGUGACGGCGACACAGACUGUAUGGAUCUGAGUGAUGAGAACAACUGUGAGGGUGUUACCCAUAUGUGUGACCCUGCUGUCAAGUUCAGCUGCAGAGACUCUGCGCGCUGCAUUAGCAAAGCCUGGGUUUGCGACGGCGACAGCGACUGCGAGGACAACUCCGAUGAGGACAAUUGUGAGGCCUUGGUGUGCAAGUUGUCUCAGCACAUCUGUGCUACCAACGAUUCCAUCUGUGUGCCGGUGGAGAAACUGUGUGAUGGCACGGAUGAUUGUCCCGAUGGAUCUGACGAGAAACUCUGUGAUUUGUGUUCAUUGGACAAUGGAGGUUGCAGUCACAACUGCAGCAUCAUUCCUGGUGAGGGCUUCAUGUGUUCCUGUCCUCUGGGCAUGGAGCUGGGAGCUGACAAUAAGACCUGCCAGAUUCAGAGCUUUUGUGCCAAACACCUUAAGUGCAGCCAGAAAUGUGAGCAGGAGAAGUUCAGCGUCAAGUGCUCCUGCUACGAAGGCUGGGAGCUGGACUCUGACAUGGAGAGCUGCACAAGUACAGAUCCCUUCAAGCCUUUCAUUAUCUUCUCCAACCGCCAUGAGAUCAGAAGGAUUGACCUUCACAAAGGGGAGUUCAGUGUACUAGUACCAGGCCUGAGGAACACCAUCGCACUGGACUUCCACCUCAACCAGAGCACUCUCUACUGGACUGAUGUUGUGGAGGACAAAAUUUAUCGUGGGAAGUUGUCUGAUAAUGGAGCUCUGACCAGUUUUGAGGUGGUGAUACAGUAUGGACUGGCUACGCCUGAGGGACUGGCUGUGGACUGGAUCGCGGGGAACAUCUACUGGGUGGAGAGCAACUUGGACCAAAUUGAAGUGGCCAAGCUGGACGGGACCAUGAGAACCACCCUGUUAGCUGGAGAGGUGGAGCAUCCUCGAGCCAUCGCUUUAGACCCCCGUGAUGGUAUUCUGUUCUGGACGGACUGGGAUGCCAGUCUGCCCAGGAUUGAGGCAGCAUCCAUGAGCGGUGAAGGCAGACGCACCAUCCACAGAGAAACAGGCAGUGGUGGUUGGCCCAAUGGGCUCACUGUGGACUACAUGGAAAGACGCAUUGUCUGGAUCGACGCCAGGUCGGACGCCAUUUACUCUGCCAUGUACGACGGUUCUGGGCUGAUUGAAGUACUGCGAGGACAUGAAUAUUUGUCCCACCCCUUCGCUGUGACCAUGUACGGAGGCGAGGUCUACUGGACUGACUGGCUGACUAACACUUUGGCCAAAGCAAAUAAAUGGACGGGACAUAAUGUGACUGUAGUCCAGCGCACCAACACGCAGCCCUUUGACCUGCAGGUCUAUCACCCGUCCAGACAACCACAGGCUCCAAAUCCGUGUGCCGGUAAGGAUGGUCAAAGCCCGUGCUCUCACCUCUGUCUCAUCAACUUCAACCAGACGUUCUCAUGUGCCUGCCCUCAUCUCAUGAAGCUGCAGCCUGACAAACGAACCUGCAAAGAGUCGCGCAAAUUCCUCCUCUACGCUCGCCAGAUCGAGAUCCGAGGCGUGGACAUCGACAACCCUUACUACAACUACAUCAUUUCCUUCACUGUGCCGGACAUAGACAAUGUGACAGCAGUGGACUAUGACGCCGUGGAGCAUCGCAUCUACUGGUCAGACGUUCGAACACAGACCAUCAAGAGAGCUUUUAUCAAUGGCACUGGGGUGGAGACUGUUGUCUCUGCUGAUCUUCCAAAUGCUCAUGGACUGGCUGUAGACUGGAUCUCCAGGAACCUCUUCUGGACCAGCUACGAUGCCAACAAAAAGCAGAUUAACGUGGCCAGACUGGAUGGAUCUUUCAAGAACGCUGUCAUCCAAGGAUUAGACAAGCCACACUGCCUGGUGCUGCACCCCCUGCUGGGGAAGCUUUACUGGACUGAUGGAGACAACAUCAGCAUGGCCAAUAUGGACGGCAGCAACCAGACAACACUCUUCACCAAUCAGAAGGGACCCGUAGGUCUUUCUAUCGAUUUUGAAAAGGAGCAGCUCUAUUGGAUCAGCUCAGGAAACAGCACCAUCAACAGGUGCAACAUGGACGGGUCUAAGCUGGAGGUACUGGAAGGUGUGAAAGGCAAACUCACCAAGGCGACUGCACUGGCCAUCAUGGGAGACAAGCUGUGGUGGGCGGACCAAGGGACAGACCAGAUAGGAAGAUGUGACAAGAGCGACGGAGGAAACUGGAAGGUCAUGAGGAACAACACGUCACCUAUGAUGCACAUGAGGAUUUACGACGAGGAUGUGCAGAAAGCAGGUAUCAACCUGUGCAGCAACAACAAUGGCGACUGCUCCCAGCUCUGUCUCCCCACCUCCCCGACCACCAGGUCCUGCAUGUGCACGGCGGGCUACAGCCUGAAGACGGGACAGCAGUCCUGCGAGGGUAUGGGCUCGUUCCUGCUCUACUCCGUUCACGAGGGAAUCAGAGGAAUUCCACUGGACCCAGCGGACAAAUCUGACGCCUUGGUGCCAGUGUCUGGCACCUCUCUGGCGGUUGGCAUCGACUUCCACGCUGAGAAUGACACCAUCUACUGGGUGGACAUGGGUCUGAGCACCAUCAGCAGGGCUAAGAGAGAUCAGACAUGGAGGGAAGAUGUGGUCACCAAUGGAAUCGGCAGGGUGGAGGGCAUCACUGUGGACUGGAUAGCAGGAAACAUUUACUGGACUGACCAGGGCUUUGACGUGAUUGAGGUGGCCAGGCUGAACGGCUCUUUCCGCUAUGUAGUCAUUUCCCAGGGCCUGGACAAACCCAGAGCCAUUACUGUCCACCCAGUCAAAGGAUAUCUCUUCUGGACAGAGUGGGGUCAGUAUCCCCGUAUCGAACGUUCUCGUUUGGACGGCACCCAGAGGUGGGUCAUGGUCAAUGCGAGCAUCAGCUGGCCAAAUGGAAUCUCCAUCGACUACGAGGACGGUUUUCUGUACUGGUGCGACGCCAGGACGGACAAGAUUGAGCGCAUCAACCUGGAGACUGGAGAGAACAGGGAGGUGGUGCUGGCCAACAACAACAUGGACAUGUUCGCAGUGUCUGUGUUUGAGGAAUACAUUUACUGGAGUGACAGGACUCACGCCAACGGUUCCAUCAAAAGAGGCAGCAAAGACAACGCCACAGAUGCUGUUCAGCUCCGCAGUGGGAUCGGUGUGCAGCUCAAGGACAUCAAGGUUUUCAACAGGGCCAGGCAGCAAGGCACCAACGUCUGCAAAGACAAGAAUGGCGGCUGUGAGCAGCUGUGUCUCUAUCGUGGGAAUGAUAAGCGCACCUGCGCCUGUGCUCACGGUAUGCUGGCAGAGGACAACCGCAGCUGCCGCGACUACGACGGGUACCUGCUGUACUCUGAACGCACCAUCCUGAAGAGCAUCCACCUCUCGGAUGAGACCAACCUCAACGCGCCGAUUAAGCCAUUCGAAGAUCCGGAUCAUAUGAAGAAUGUGAUCGCCCUCACCUUUGACUACCACGGCGGCGGAGGAAAAGGUUCCAACCGCAUCUUCUUCAGCGACAUCCACUUUGGCAACAUCCAGCAGAUCAACGAUGACGGCACCGACCGCAAGAUCGUGGUGGACAAUGUGGGGUCAGUCGAGGGCUUGGCGUAUCACCGUGCCUGGGACACGUUGUACUGGACCAGUUACACCACCUCCACCAUCACCCGCCACACCGUGGACCAGAGUCGCACUGUGGCCUAUAACCGCAACAUUGUGGUCACUAUGUCUGGAGAAGACCACCCCAGGGCCUUCGUGCUGGACGAGUGUCAGGAUAUCAUGUUCUGGACCAACUGGAAUGAGCAGUCCCCCAGCAUCAUGAGGGCCUCUCUGAACGGAGCCAACCUGCUUGUGAUCGUCGGGAGCGACAUUAAAACUCCAAAUGGCCUGGCCAUAGAUCAUCGGGCUGAGAAACUCUACUUCUCUGACGCCACUUUGGACAAGAUUGAACGCUGUGAAUAUGAUGGAAGCAGCCGUUACGUCUUAUUGAAAAACGAGCCUGUCCACCCGUUCGGCCUGGCCGUGUACGGAGACUACAUCUUCUGGACUGACUGGGUGAGGAGGGCCGUGCUCAGAGCUGAUAAGUACACAGGAGGAGACAUGAAGGUGCUGCGUGCAGACAUCCCUCAGCAGCCCAUGGGCAUUGUUGCUGUGGCUAAUGACACCAAUAGCUGCGAGUUUUCUCCUUGCCGAACAAACAACGGAGGUUGCCAGGACUUGUGUCUGCCCACAUCUGAUGGACGGGUCAACUGCAGCUGCCGUGGAGACAGACAGCUUCUGGAAGACAACACCUGCUCCUCUCUGAACGUCUCCUGUGGAAGUGUGGACGACUUUGAGUGUGGAAACGGAGACUGCAUCAACUACAGUCUGACCUGCGACGGCAUGGCCCACUGCAAAGACAAGUCGGAUGAGAAACAGUCGUACUGUGCCAACCGUCUUUGUAAGAAAGGCUACAGACGCUGCAUCAAUGGCCGCUGCAUCGGUCACCAGUUCUGGUGUGAUGGAACCGACGACUGUGGCGACCAUUCAGACGAACUGCCCUGUAACAUGACCCUGUGUAACGCAGGAGAGUUCCAGUGCAAAGAUGGAAGCUGCAUCUCCAACUACAGCCGCUGUGAUCAGGUGGUCAACUGUGAGGACGCCAGUGACGAAAUGAACUGCCAGGCCACAGACUGUUCCCGUUUCUUCCGUUUGGGAGUAAAAGGAGCAAAUUUCCAGAGCUGUGAGAAAACCACCCUGUGUUAUCUCCCCUCGUGGGUGUGUGACGGCAACAACGACUGUGGGGACUAUUCUGAUGAGAGAAACUGCCCAGAUAAAAAGAGACUCAAAUGUCCGGUCAACUUCUUCGCUUGUCCCAGCGGUCGCUGCAUCCCCAUGAGCUGGACAUGUGAUAAAGAGAACGACUGUGAGAACGGAGCUGAUGAGACACACUGUGACAAAUUUUGUACAUCCACCCAGUUUGAAUGUGCCAACCACCGCUGUAUCUCCAGUCACUGGGUUUGCGACAGCUCUGACGACUGUGGCGACGGCUCCGACGAGGAUGAGAGAUGCAAGUCCGUGACCUGCAGUCCUGAAGCCUUCCAGUGUCCAGGAUCUCACAAGUGCGUGCCACAGCGCUGGAAGUGCGAUGGAGACAAAGACUGUCCUGAUGGAGCUGAUGAGAGCGUCUUGGCUGGAUGCAUGUACACCAACAACACCUGUGAUGCUGAGAAUGAGUUCAUGUGCCAGAACAGACAGUGUAUCCCCAAACAGUUUGUGUGUGAUCAUGACAUCGACUGCUCUGACGGUUCAGACGAAUCUCCAGAAUGUGAAUAUCCAACCUGUGGACCAGACGAGUUCCGCUGUGCCAACGGCCGCUGCCUCAACCAGAAGAAGUGGGAAUGCGACGGAGAGUUUGACUGUCAGGAUCGAUCGGAUGAAGCUCCCAAGAACCCACGCUGCACUGACUCGGAGAGGACGUGUAACGACUCGGCCUUCAUGUGCCGUAACGGCAAGUGUCUGAAUGAGACACUUUUGUGCGACCGUAACGAUGACUGCGGUGACGGCUCAGACGAACUCAACUGCUUCAUCAAUGAGUGUCUCAACAGUAAGCUGAGCGGCUGCUCGCAGCUCUGUGACGACCUCAAGAUUGGCUACAAGUGCCGCUGUUACCCCGGCUUCCAGCUGAAGCGUGACGGGAAGACGUGUGUGGACGUAGACGAGUGUACCACCACCUACCCCUGCUCUCAGCGCUGCAUCAACAGUCACGGCAGCUACCACUGUCUCUGCGUGGACGGCUUUGAACUCAGCCCCAACGACCCGACCAUCUGCAAGUCCACAUCAGAAGUGGAGCCGUAUUUGAUCUUUGCUAAUCGCUACUACCUGAGGAAACUCAACCUGGAUGGUUCAAAUUACACCCUGAUAAAACAGGGUCUGAAUAAUGCAGUGGCGCUGGACUUCCACUAUGCAGAGCAGAUGAUCUACUGGACGGAUGUGACAACUCAGGGCAGCAUGAUCCGACGCAUGAAUAUGAACGGCAGCAACAUGGAGGUUUUACACCGUACCUCUCUCAGUAACCCUGACGGUCUGGCAGUGGACUGGGUCGGAGGAAACUUGUACUGGUGUGACAAAGGCCGAGACACCAUUGAGGUGUCCAAACUCAACGGUGCCUAUCGAACCGUGCUGGUCAACAAUGGGCUGAGAGAACCUCGAGCUGUUGCUGUGGAUGUUCGCUACGGGUUCCUGUACUGGUCAGACUGGGGUGAUAACCCUCACAUUGGGAGGAUCGGCAUGGACGGCACCAACAGGAGCGUGAUCGUAGAGGACAAAAUCACUUGGCCCAACGGACUGACCCUGGACUUCAUCAAUGAUCGUAUUUACUGGGCGGACGCCAGGGAGGACUACAUUGAGUUUGCCAGCCUCGAUGGCACCAACAGACAUACGGUUCUCAACCACGACAUCCCCCACAUCUUUGCCAUGACUCUGUUUGAGGAGUACAUCUACUGGACAGACUGGGAGACAAAGUCCAUUAACAGAGCUCACAAGUCCCUAGGAACCAACAAAUCCACCCUGAUCAGCACCCUGCAUCGACCCAUGGACAUUCACAUUUACCAUCCUUAUCGCCAGCCCGAAGUGCUGAACCAUCCAUGUCAGACCAACAACGGAGGCUGCAGUAACCUGUGUCUGCUGUCUCCUGGAGGAGGCUACAAAUGUGCCUGUCCCACCAACUUCUACCUGGCCAACGAUCAGCGCACCUGCAUGUCCAACUGCACAGCCAGCCAGUUUGUGUGCAAAAACGAUAAAUGCAUUCCUUUCUGGUGGAAAUGUGACACGGAGGACGACUGUGGCGACAGGUCGGACGAGCCAGCAGACUGUCCUGAGUUUAAGUGCAGACCAGGGCAGUUCCAGUGUGGUACAGGCAUCUGCACCAACCCUGCCUACAUCUGUGAUGGAGACAACGACUGUCAGGACAACUCAGAUGAAGCCAACUGUGAUAUCCAUGUUUGCCUGCCCAGCCAGUUCAAAUGUUCCCACCCAAGUCGCUGCAUUCCCGGUAUUUUCCGCUGCAACGGCCAAGACAACUGUGGAGAGGGAGAGGAUGAGAAGGACUGUCCUGAGGUCACCUGUGCUCCAACCCAGUUCCAGUGUGCCAUCACCAAGCGUUGCAUACCUCGUGUCUGGGUGUGCGACCGGGACAACGACUGUGUGGACGGAUCUGACGAACCGACCAACUGCACUCAGAUGACCUGUGGCGUUGAUGAGUUCAGAUGUAAGGACUCCGGCCGCUGCAUCCCAGCUCGCUGGAAGUGCGACGGCGAGGAUGACUGUGGUGAUGCAUCAGAUGAACCAAAGGAGGAGUGUGCGGAGAGGACAUGUGAGCCUUAUCAGUUCAGGUGCAAGAACAACCGCUGCGUACCCGGCCGCUGGCAGUGCGACUAUGACAACGACUGCGGCGAUAACUCGGAUGAAGACAACUGCCGGCCUCGACAGUGCUCAGAGAGUGAGUUUGCCUGCACAAAUGGUCGCUGUAUUGCCGGGAGGUGGAAAUGCGAUGGAGACCAUGACUGUGCUGACGGAUCAGAUGAGCAUGGUUGUGAGCUGAAGUGUGACAAUGACCAUUACCAGUGUAAGAACGGUCACUGUAUUCCCUACCGCUGGAGGUGUGACGCUGACCCUGAUUGCAUGGAUGGAAGUGAUGAGGAGAAUUGUGGCAAAACUGCUGAGCGUCAGUGCCCUCAGGAUGAAUUCCAGUGUAACAACACCCUGUGUAAACCGCUCGCCUGGAAGUGCGACGGGGAGGAUGACUGCGGGGACAACUCUGAUGAGAAUCCUGAGGAAUGCAGGAGGUUCCAGUGUCCUCCCACCAGGGCAUUCCGCUGCCAAAACGACCGUGUUUGUCUGCAACUCUCAAAAAGAUGCGACAGCGUCAAUAACUGUGGGGACAACUCAGACGAACUGAACUGCCCUGCUCCACCUGAUCCAACAUGUGAGAAGGAUGAGUUCCUGUGUGCAAACAGCAGGUGCAUCAGCUCCAACCUGCGCUGUAACUUCUUCAAUGACUGUGAAGACCACGGCUCUGAUGAGAUUAACUGCAAGACAGACACAAGGCUAAAUGACUGCAGGAGCAACAGAACUCAGUGUGGAGAUGGAGACGAAGCUCACUGUGUCACCUACGGCAGCGACUCCUUCUGCUCCUGCAAACCGGGGUUCCAGAAAGUAGGACAUCGCACCUGUGGAGAUAAGAACGAGUGUCUGCAGUUUGGAAUCUGUUCCCACAUGUGCAACAACACCAAAGGCUCGUACAAAUGCAGCUGCCACAAGUAUUUCACCAGGAUCAACGACACCUGCAAGGCCGACAGCAUGAACAGCAGCAGACAGAUUCUCUACAUUGCUGAUGACAAUGAAAUCCGCAGCCUGGACCCUGGAAUGCCCAACUGGCGUUACGAGCAGACGUUCCAGGGGGACGCCAGUGUUCGUAUCGAUGCGAUGGACCUGCACGUGAAGACCAACCGCAUCUUCUGGACCAACUGGCACACAGGCCGCAUCUCCUCCUACGAACUGCCAGGACAGUCGACGCUGUCCACGUCCUCGAACUCUCAUCGUCACAAACGGCAGAGCGAAGGCAGGAUCACAAACCUGCAGAUCAAAGAGCUGAAGAUGCCUCGUGGUAUAGCCGUAGACUGGGUGGCUGGGAACCUUUACUGGACCGACUCGGGUCGGGAUGUGAUCGAAGUGGCCCAGAUGACGGGUCAACACUGCAAGACCCUCAUCUCAGGCAUGAUCGACGAGCCGUACGCUAUCGUAGUGGAUCCACAGAGAGGAACCAUGUACUGGGCAGACUGGGGGAACCAUCCUAAAAUUGAGACAGCUGCUAUGGACGGCACUCUGAGACAGACACUGGUCCAUGAGAAUAUUCAGUGGCCCACGGGUUUGGCUGUGGAUUACUUCAACGAGCGUCUGUACUGGGCAGAUGCCAAACUCUCGGUGAUCGGCAGUGUCCGUUUGGACGGCUCUGACCCUGUCAUUGCUGCGUCGGGCAUCAAAAACAACCUGCUUCAUCCAUUCAGCAUAGAUGUCUUUGAGGAUUACAUCUACGGAGUCACGUACGUCAAUAACGUUGUCUUCCGAGUCAACAAGUUUGGAAAAGGCACCAUGGAGAAUCUCACCACCGGAAUCAACCACGCUACUGACAUCGUGCUGUACCAUCGCUACAAGCAGCCAGAGAUGACCAACCCAUGUGACAGGAAGAAGUGUGAGUGGCUGUGUCUGCUCAGCCCCAGUGGACCGGUGUGUACCUGUCCCAACAAGUACGUGGCCAACAACGGCACAUGUGUGGAGAGACCCACCCCCACGCAGUCACCGUUCUCGCCACCAUCAGGACCCUGUGAACUUCAGUGUCUGAACGGCGGCAGCUGCUUCCUCAACGCUCGUCAGGUGGCCAAGUGUCGCUGUCAGCCCAGCUACACCGGAGAAAGGUGCGAGAUCAACCAGUGCAGGGAUUACUGCAAGAAUGGAGGCACCUGUACUGCUUCACACACUGGUGCACCAACCUGCAGAUGUCCAAAAGGAUUCACAGGACCCACCUGCAACCGUCAGACCUGUCAGGACUACUGCUUAAACAAUGGCAACUGCACAGUCAACAUGGGCAACCAGCCCACCUGUAGCUGCCCACCAGAGCACCAGGGAGACCACUGCCAGUACACUAAAUGUGAAGGGUUCUGUCAGAACGGCGGAACCUGCCUGGAAACAGCCAACAGCACCAAGCUGUGUCUGUGUCCGUCUCAGUACAUCGGUCACCAGUGCGAGCUGGACAAGUGUCAGUUCUGUGGAACAGGCAAAUGUUUGACGUCGGCCUCAGGGGAGGUGUCCUGCAGUUGUCCUAAUGGUCAGAUCCAGCCCAGCUGCUACUCCUGUCUGGACUACUGUGCUAAUGGCCAGUGUUCAGUAGACACUCGGUCACUGCUGCCUCAGUGCAAGUGUCCCGUUGGCUGGAGAGGAUACAGAUGUGAAGUGGCAGCAGCUCCUGUUGAUUCUCCGUCUUCCAGUGGAAGCACCACCUCCAUCGUCAUCCCUGUGUUUCUGCUGCUCUUACUGGCACUGCUGGUGGUUGGUGCCAUCUGGUGGUACAAGCGGAGAAUGCGAGGAUCUCUAAGGCGGGGCAAAACUCGUUCUCAGUGCUCGCGCGCAAAGGGCUUCCAACACCACAGGAUGACGAAUGGAGCCAUGAAUGUAGAGAUUGGAAAUCCAGCCUAUAAAAUCUAUGAAGGAGACCCUGAUGACGAUGCUGGGGAGCUGCUGGAUUCAGACUUUGCUUUGGACCCAGAUAAGCCGACCAACUUCACCAACCCGGUGUACGCCACCCUCUACAUGGGCGCCCAGAACAGCCGCAACUCUCUGGCCAGCACGGACGAGAAGAAGGAACUUCUGUCCCAGGUGGACGAGGACCUGAGUGAGGACCCACUAGCGUAGAGCCGGGCACCAACUGAAUUCUGCCAACAUCACCCUGCCCAGCCCAGUGCUGAGCCCACACGCUCUUUCUCAUCUUCUGCCUUUACCAACUGAAAAGAAAAGCAACAAAAAAAAAAGCAAGAACACUGUACAAAAUGUAUAAAAUGAAGGACUACUUUUUUUAAGUGAUUGCAGUAUUAUAUUUUGUUUUGACGGAGAAAAAAAAAUCCUCUGAUGAUGAAAAAGGAACCGUUUUAUAAAAGGUUUGUUCAGUUCUUUUUAAUUUUGCUCACCUGCUCACGCCCCCCCCCCCCGUCUCCCCCAUCUAGCCACUACCUCUGUGCAAGUCCUAGAGUCAAACAUGGAAAGAAAGAAAGAGAGAAAGGAAGGAAGAGUGGAAGUGGAACAAAGUUAAUUUUUUAUUUUUGUAUGAAUUGUAUAGUGGAGAAAACAAAAACAGAAAUAUUGUUCCAUCGCAGAAACGUUGCUCAGUAUUUGGUUGUUGUGGGAAGAGAGAAGAGUGGGUGUCACUGAAGUACUUCCUGGUUGUUGGUUCAGGCUCGUUAUUACACCUGGUGUGUGUGCGUGCCAUUGUGAGUGUGUGUGUGUGUGUGUUUGCUGCUGGAGGUUUUAAACGGCACGUUAUUUUAACUGCACAUGGAUGGACUUGGCAAAAAAAACUACAAGCAAUUAUCUUUCACCUCCUUGCACAGACUAAAGUAUAAAUA